AUGGAACAAUAUCUUCUAACAAAUUAUACUCACUGCACUCAGCAAUUAACUUAUCUAGAAUCUCCUGAAUUCCUAUUCAAUGGUGUUCAUAUUUUUUCGAUUCUCACUUUUCCUUUGUCCGUUUAUGGCGUUUACUUGAUACUUCGAGUAACUCCAAAACGUCUGGAAGGCACUAAAUAUAUUUUACUUCAUUCACAGUUUUGGUUGGACAUUCUUGUAAUUUAACAUAAAUAAUAAACUUGUUUUCAGCAUAUUUUUACUUGACUUUCUUAUGAAUGUUUUGGUGACACCGUAUUUAUUUUUGCCACUUGCAUCUGUUUAUUUUAUGGGUGUUUUAAAGAACACUUUCAUUCCAUUCAAAAUUGUGACUUUUAUUGGACAAUUUUCGGUUCAUGGUAGAUGAGUUUGUUGAUUUAUGAUAGGAUCCUUUCUGACCUACAAAAAAUUUGGUCCAAAUUCUCAGGCCCGACUUCAAAAAAACAUUUCCAGCCUUCGGUAUUUCGCUUGUAUCAAUUUUUCAAAGUCGACACAGUGUAAUUGUCACUAUAAAAUAUAGAAUUACCAAAAAAUCGACAUUUAUCAUUUAUUAUGCUCUUCUUUAUAUUUGUGGGUUUCUUGUCAUUUUAUCAUAUCAUUUGGGAGAUGUUGAUAUUGAACUGAGAAAACUCGAAUUUCUUUCAAAAUAUCCAUGCCCGCAUAUUUUGUUUUUCAAUUCAAAUACACAUUUGAUAACUGAUCAAUUAUAUUUAACUGGUUUUGGAAUGCUCUCUUUGGUUAUAAUCAUCGUGAUCAGUGGUUUCUAUUUUUUCCUCACAUCAACUUAUUGUUUAGUAUUCAAAUCGGCAGCUGUUUCUGAACGAACAAAACAACUUCAACUCAGUUUUUUGAUUUCCGCUUCGAUUCAAGUUGUUAUUCCAGUUCUAGCUUUGUUGAUUCCACUCUUUUAUCUAUGUUAUUCUGUAAUUCAAUCAGUUUAUAGCCAAAUUGCAAAUAAUUUUCUUCUUCUGGCAAUUUCAUUUCACGGCCUUUCGUCAAAUCUCGCUUUGAUUGUCACUCACAAACCGUAUCGAGAAUAUACUUUUCGAAGAUGUGAAAAACGAAAAAGUAGCAAAGUUGUAUCUAUUGUUAUAUGA